GCGGGUGAGCUCUUUGGAAAGAGCUGUGACUCAUUCACUAUUCCUGCUCCGUCCGUCCUGCCAGCAGCUCGGCAUCAUUCUCGGAAUCACCGCCUCGCUGCGUCUGGAGACCAACUUCUGCGUCUGGUGCGCACACAGCUGUACGUCCUGGACCAGAUCCCAUAAUCAUCCCGAGAAGCUGACAUAAUCUCUGCAUUUUCGCGGACAUAAAACAUGCGAAGCCUCGGUCAGGGGGUCUCAUCCGGCACCAAACUCCAACAGGGAACUCCCUCGGCGUUUUUCGGCUGUUCCUCCGUUACGCGCACACUCAUCCAGCACCGUCCGCGACAAUGACUUCGGCACUGCCUCCCUCUAAAGCCCUCUACAUUGGGAUGGAGGCGGUGAUCGCCGUGUCCUCGGUCAUCGGGAACGUGAUGGUGGUGUGGGCCGUGCGCAUUAACAGGUCUCUGAGGGACACCACGUUUUGUUUCAUCGUCUCCCUGGCCUUGGCUGACAUUGCGGUGGGCGCGCUGGUCAUCCCCCUCGCCAUCACCAUCAGCAUCGGACUGAAGACGCACUUCUACAGCUGCCUGCUGGUCGCCUGCACGGUGCUCGUCCUCACGCAAAGUUCAAUCCUGGCGCUGCUGGCCAUCGCCAUCGACCGCUACCUAAGAGUGAAAAUACCCAUGAGCUACAAGCAGGUCGUGACCCCUCGGCGAGCAGGCACGGCCGUGUUGUUGUGUUGGCUGGUAUCCAUCAUAGUCGGCCUCACGCCUAUGUUGGGCUGGAAUAACUUGCAGCGUCUGCGUGACAACGGCUCACUGAUCACUGACGAGCAGUUGGUGACCUGCGAGUUCGAGACUGUCAUCAGCAUGGACUACAUGGUCUAUUUCAACUUCUUCGGCUGGGUGCUGCCCCCUCUGCUGCUCAUGCUGGCCAUCUACGUGGAGAUUUUCUACAUGAUCCACAAGCAGCUCAACAAGAAGGUGACUGCAAGCCACACAGACCCGAGACGUUACUUUGGUAAGGAGCUGAAGCUAGCCAAGUCUCUCGCCCUUGUUCUUUUCCUCUUCGCAGUCAGCUGGCUUCCCCUCCACAUCCUCAACUGCAUCACCCUCUUCUGUCCGGACUGCAACAAGCCAGUGUUUCUCAUUUACAUCGCCAUCAUCCUCAGCCACGGCAACUCAGCCGUCAACCCCAUCAUUUAUGCUUUCCGCAUCAAGAAAUUCCGCACAGCGUUCCGGAAAAUCUGGAAACAAUACUUCCUUUGUCAGGAUCCAGUCGGUCGGCUUCCUCAAAGAGGGAGCCAGAGAGGACACAGUCAUGAGAGGAGGCUGAGGCAGAUUGAUGAUGACGAUGAUGAUGUGUGAGCUUCGCCAACUAAUUGUGUGGCUGUGUAACUGUGAAGUUUCACUCAGAUUGGCACAGGAUGGAAAGCACUCUGAAUUUAUGCUCACACUUGAGGGAUUAGCAGGAAAAAAAGCCCUUAGUGGUAUUGAGAGUGUCAGAGGGAUAAAAAAGAAGAGGGAGGAUUUCCUCCAUCCAACCUGCUUCAAGAAGACAGUGACAAAUGGAGACAAUCAACUAAAUCAGUACGAUUUAGUUAAGACUGUUUCUACACUGGCUGACAAAAUGAUGACAAUGUCAUACGGGAUAUGGGGCUUCUCACGAGUUUCAACACAAUCCUGUUGAACUUCAGUAAGUGUAGUAGUGUAUCCUGAACUGCUUAUUUUAACUAUACUAAAACUCUUUUCGCCUUUUUCAUGUGAUUCAUCUCACAUUGUUAAGCAUCUCAUGUUUGCUUCACAUUUGCUACUUUCUGUGGCCUUAAGGAAAGAAAACAAACACUAGAAGCUGGAGGAGCAUUCAGCAUAGUGCUAAUAAUUGUGGGCAAACACAAAGUUGUCACAACCUGCUGUGAGAGCAACCAGGAUACAGGAUGUAUGUUAAAUGCAUCAUGGAUGAAAAAAUGUUAAAUUGAGUCACUUGGUUUAUUUCAGCUGUGUUAAUGGUAAAGUUACGGUGUUGCUUGUCUUGGUCUAGUACCAAAUCAUUACAAAUAAAUCUCUGUAAAAGACAUUGUUCAGAGUUGUUUUCCACAAAUGUAUGCAGUCAUUCAUCAGACACAUGUGGCCUGUGGUGCUUAACCACAUGUGAAGGGUUUUUUUUUUUUUUGGAAACUCUGAGACUCUGAUCAACUGAAUGACUAAUACUAGCUAAUAGUUGUAUCUGAAACAAUAAUGCUCCUAUUGUAACUCUGUAGCUACACCAGUGCUGUUCAAUAGAAGGCUGUGAAUGUCGCUGCAUCCAAUGAGCUUCAUUUAUAUACAUCUAUGUCACACCUAGCAGGACCUGUCCACUACACAUAAGUGUGACUUUUUCAAACCUCUUCUCUGGACUCUUUGUGAUGAAGUUGGUUUAAAGGUGUAGCUUCAGUCAUUUUUCUUACAGGGCGGAUAAUGACACAGGACUGCUGACAUGGACAAUGUGCACUGUAUGUAACUAAUGUAUGUAUAAAUAGUAAUGGGAGAUUUUAUACAUCUGUAUAAAAUUCACCUCACUGAGCAAACAGCUGAUUAAAUCUGAUAUGUCCUCUGACAGCUGUUGGUUGAGUGAACACACUGGGGAAUCCAACCUCCAAGCACCGUAUUUCAUUUUUUAUGACAAUGACAAACAGUGAGAAAAACAUGGCACAACAUACGGUGAGGCCUGAUUUGAAUUCAUUGUGCUGACUGUGCAUUAGCAGUUGGAGGCAUCAAAAUCUGCUCCGUGCUUUAUGACAGUAACAGCAUCUCACUUUCCACGACGGGUGCUUCUGUGCCAUUUUAGUCAGGCACACAUGCAUCUCCUUUCAGUCGGCAGAGAGCGGCUUCAUGUCUGAGUAAGUGUGGAGGUUAUGAGGGUCCAGGAUUCCAAGGGUGAGGCUGGAGAGGGUGGAGGAUUAUUAUAGUCACAAGGAAACUAGCAGGUGAGAGUGAAACUGUGGAGGUCGGACCACACUGGUGCUCUGUCAUCAACUAGUGAGGCCUCUUGAUGUGACCCUAUUGAUCUCUUGUCAUGUUUUUUUUUAAACAGUAAAAUGUUCAAGUGAAAUCCAUUUCAAUGGAAUUAUAAAUGGUGCUAUGCUACUGAAUGUGCUAAUAUAGUAUUAAAAAAUGUUGUCAACCCCGG